AUGGAAGUGUCGUCUGCACCACAUUCGAGAUCUUGUUCGUUUAAAACUAGGAACAGACCAAGCGAUCUUCAGAUUAGAAAAUCUCGACAAAGGACCAACAGUGUGCCAAAUUGUCAGUUGUUUCUGAAAUUACCAGAGGAUGGUUUCAAAAACAUACCAAAGGCCCAAUUGUGUCGAGUUCGCUCUUUUAAAACCACUUCCAAACAUUUAAUCAAUCGUGGAGAUUCUUUUAAAAAUCGAAGUACAAACAGUUUAAUGUCCAGUGGCAGUGCUGUUACAGAACCUGACAAAAAACUACGAACAUUAAGUGUUACAUCAGAUGACAGUCAAGGUGGUUCGUCAGCACCUUCCUAUUUUAAAGUAGCUAUAUUAGGCAGUAAUGGUGUGGGGAAGUCGACCUUGUUAAGGCAGUUUAUGACAUCAGAAUGUAUGGGUUAUAACGCCUCUUCUCCCUCGUAUGUUUUAAAAGUAAUUUCGCCUCAGUUGUUAACCAGACUAAUAACAAUAAAACCAGAACUAACGAUCCAAACUCAGAUGUUAGGUGCCAAGAAGAAUAUGCAUAAGAAUCAGCCUGGCGCCACACCUGCCAUUGCUGCUUAA